CGCUCUCCCCUCCCUCUCCGUCGCCUGCCUGCAUAUAAGCCUGGAUUAGUGGCUGGUCUUCAGAGAUGAGGUUCAGGCGUCUGGGACGUCUGGUGCAGAGGGCCGCCAUGACCCCUGCUGUGGCCCCUGAAGAUGAGACUCCAUCAUGGGAAGGAUGAUUGACAGGAGACACGUUGAGGCGCAGAAUGAAUGUGGUCCCAGUGGGCGGGUCAUCCUCCUCCCACCUCCUGGUGCCAGUCUCUGUCACCUGCUCCUGGCUGCUGCUGCUCUUCCAUGCUGCCUAUGGUCAUAAACCUGCAAAGCUUCCUUUGAUUAGCCGGAAGCCCUUUAUUGCUGCCUGGAACGCUCCCUUGGACAUGUGCUCCAUCAAGUACAACAUCAGCACCAACCUUGAGCAUCUUUUUCACAUUCAAGGAAGCCCCCGGGCUGCAUGGACCGGCCAAAAUGUGACCAUUUUUUAUGCAAACCGGCUAGGCUACUACCCCUACUACACGCCACAAGGCAAAGCUAUUCAUGGUGGUCUGCCGCAGAACUGCAGCCUGGACAGGCACUUGCUCAAGGCUUAUCAGGACAUCGUUCAUUUUAUCCCUGCAGAGGAUUUCCGUGGACUAGCUGUCAUUGACUGGGAGUUCUGGAGACCUCAGUGGGAACGGAACUGGCACAAGAAGGACAUCUACCGGCGAAAGUCAAAGGAGCUGACGGUAAAGGCGUAUCUGGGCGUCACUGCAGCUCAAGUGGAGGUGCUGGCCCGGCGGCGGUUUGAAAAAAGUGCCAAAGCAUUCAUGCAACGAACAAUCCAGUUGGGAACCCGUCUACGGCCCAACGCCCUCUGGGGAUUCUACCUUUACCCGGACUGUCACAACUACAACCUGCAUGACCAGAACUACACGGGCCUGUGCCCGUCGUCUGAGAGGACGAGAAACGACGAGCUGCUGUGGCUGUGGAACAGCAGCACCGCGCUGUUUCCUUCAGUGGCAAUCAGGAAAACUCACAGCAACAGCAAUAGCAACUGGCACUUUGCACACCAUAGAAUCCAGGAGUCGCUCCGGAUCGCCUCUCUGACCUCAAAGGAGUAUGACCUUCCUACCUACGUCUACCUCAGACUGAGCUACCGAGAUGAUGCCCUGGCCUUCCUGUCUGACAAAGACUUGAUUCAUACCAUCGGGGAGAGUGCUGCCCUGGGAGCUGCAGGGUUCAUCAUCUGGGGGGACCUAAACCUGACCUCUUCCAGGCAUAACUGCACGUUAGUGAAGUCCUUCCUGACUCACCGCCUCGGUCACUACAUCACCAACGUGACCCGGGCCGCUGAGGUCUGCAGCGAGUUCCUCUGCCAAGGAAAUGGCCGCUGUGUUCGCCGGGACCUGCAUGCUCGCCACUACCUCCACCUGAGUGCUGGGAGCUACCAGAUUAACCCUUCGGGGGACGGGGCCUUCGCUGUGAGUGGGUGGCCAUCGCAGACCGACCUGCAGGAGCUGACCGAGAGAUUCGGCUGCCACUGCUACGAAGGCCACGAAGGAGAGCGCUGUGACAGCAUGAACAAAGUCAAGGAGGAUGACGACCUGAGGAGGGAGGAGAAGGAGGAACAGGAGAGGAAGAGGACGGAGUGGGAGGAUGAGCAGGGUGGGCUGUGGGAGAGUGGGGGGGGGAGCAGUGCUCUGCCGCUCCACUGCUACCAGAAAAUAUUCCUGCUUGCUUUGACCUUGCUGCUCACUCAGACGGUGGUUUAGCUUUAUAGAAAAUGUUGCUAGCAGCUGUAGCCAGACAGCUCUCCAUCGCUGAUGGUUCAGGGCAGUCAGCUGGCUGUUAGCACGCAUACCGACAACAUGUGGACUUCUGGACUUGGUUUUGAAGACAUGCUUCAUCAGAAAUGGUCCUAUCAGCUCCAUGUGGACAACUUCCAAUGAGGUUCACUUAUUAGUGGGAGGGGGACGUCCAACAGCAGGUACAGGUGGGUCUGUUGGGGGUCUGGAGUGUGUCAGUAUGGGCGGCUGUAGAACCAAAUCCUUUUCCUACGAUGAUAUAAGCUGCUAAUUUAUUACCUAACGUCAUACUGGAGGAGCUGCACUUUUAGCUGUAUUAAGGCAACAGUUUUUAUAUACUCCUUAUCUCAUUUAUUACAUUAAAGGAUGAAUCAUUGCCCUGUUUUUAUGCUUCUUGCUACGCUCCUCUACCUCCAUAAUAAUCCCCCCAUUAUGGUCUGUGGCCUCAGCUGACCUAUCUGUGUGAUCCAGGACUUUAGAAGCCAGAG